AGUAUGAGGACCAACAAUCUAUUUUGGCAACUUGUUAGCUUCACAAAUGAACAUAGUUGUUAUCGGACACCAAAGAAUAGACAAGCAAAAACAGAUUGGUUAGCUCGUAAUUUUGUUUAUACAUUACGACAUAGUCCUGACAUGAAGACUAAAGGUUUGAUUGCAGAAGCCAUGCAAAAAUGGGGUGUGAAGUUAUCAAGUGACCAAGCUUACAGGGCCAAGAGGAAAGCAAUGGAGCUGAUUCACGGGGCUGGUCGUGAACAAUUCACACAUUUAAGGAGGUAUGCUGAAGAAUUGCUCAAAUCAAAUCCAAAUUCGACGGUUAAGAUACAAUGUGCUGUUUCCGAUGGUGGUCCUGUUUUUGAGAGAAUUUAUGUGUGCUUGGAAGCAUGUAAGGCUGCAUUUGCAACCACAUGUAGGCCACUUAUUGGGUUAGAUGCAUGUUUUUUAAAAGGGGAUUUUGGAGGUCAAUUGAUAUCUGCUGUUGGUAAGGAUGGAAAUAACAAGAUGAUGCCAAUAGCAUAUGCAGUCGUGGAAGCGGAAACAAAAGAUUCAUGGCAAUGGUUCAUAAAGUUAUUACUUGAAGAUCUACAAUCCAUUCAUCACAAGGUAUAUGGAUUUAUCUCCGAUCAACAAAAGGGGUUGGUACCAGCCAUUCUAGAAACCAGUCAACAUGUUGAACAUAGAUUAUGUGUGAAACAUUUGUAUGGUAAUUGGAGAAAGAAAUAUCCAGGGCUAGAAAUGAAGGAAGCAUUAUGGAGGGCUGCCAGGGCCACAACUAUACCUGGGUGGGAGAGAGCAAUGAAUCAUAUGAAAGAGCUCAAUGUUAAAGCUUGGAAAGACAUGAUGGAUGUUCCUGCAGCUUGUUGGAGUAGAUCUCAUUUUAAGACACACACACAUAGUGACUUACAAGUAAACAAUAUGUGCGAGGCAUUCAACAGAGCAAUUCUGGAGUACCGGGACAAACCAAUCAUUUCACUGUUGGAAGGAAUCAAGCAUUAUUUGACAAGGGAGGAUUGCAACUCAAAAAGAAUCUUUAGGUAGAGUCAAAGGCAUCAUAACUCCUAAAAUCCAAAAAGUACUAGAAAAAACAAAGAGGGAGGCUGAAGGAUGGAGUGCAACAUGGCACUCAGAUGAUGACUUUGCACUUUUUGGAGUGUCGAAUGGUGUUGAAACAUACGCUGUGAAUUUAUUGCAGAAAAAAUGUGGUUGCAGGAAGUGGGAUCUAACAGGGAUACCUUGUUGCCAUGCUAUUGCUUGCAUAUGGUUUAACCAAAAGGAACCGGAAGAAUAUGUCUCAUCAUGCUAUAGGAAAUCUACUGUGAUGGCUACUUAUAGCCAUAUCAUCUUGCCGACAAAUGGCCCACAACUAUGGGCGAAUGACAGAAAUGAACCAAUCCAACCUCCGGUCAUGAGGAGAGCUAUCGGCCGCCCAAAAAAGAACCGUAACAAAACAAAUGAUGAGCCAAGAAGCACACAAACUUUACCAAGAAAACUUCAAACGGUUAAAUGUCAAAAUUGCGGAAAGAUGGGACACAACAAGCGCACAUGCAAAGGAAAAAGGGCGGCUGAGAGAGUAAUACCGAAAGGUGGUAAUAAAAAAGUGAAGACAACUGGUGGGGGACAGACUGUUAUAGAAGGAGGAUCACAAGCUCCAAGACCAACUCAAGAGUAGAAGCUUGAUUCUUAUGUUUUGUUGAUGUAUUAGUUUAUGUAUUUUGGUAUUGUUGUGUUAAAAUUCUGGUACUGGUACU